GACUUUCUCCUGAGCGAGCGAUGUUUGAGUGACAUUACAGGUGGUCAACGGACGAUGUGAUGGUCCAGACGCAGGAAACAUGGCAUUCCGUUUUCUACGUUGCCUCCUUUUCGUCGCCCUGACGACGCGGACCUCAGCAGACGAUGGACCGGUGACAUUUGUCUCAGAGCUCUCGUCCAAACCAGCUCAGAAGUUGUCCAAGUAUGGUUGGUAUGGCAACGUGAGGCUGUACAGGUUUCAGGUCCCAGAGGAGACGGCCGUCGCUCGCUGGCUGUUCACAGUCACCAAGGGCCACUCGUUCCACUGUGGGCAGCACAAUGUCUCCAUCUAUAUUCAGUAUGGUGCUCCUCCAGUUAUCAACCCAACGGGGACCGUGUUUCCCAAUUCAACACUAUGGAGCCCCUGUCUGUCUCUGAUCCUACUGGUGACUUCAAACAACUCCACGACCUUUAACCUCUCUAAUCCUGCUCCCGGUGAUUGGUACAUUGGUGCCCACUUGCCUGAAGAUGAUGGGCGCAUAGAGCAAAAGGGCUUUCCGUCUUGCUCGUACUUCUUCCAGCCUCAGCUAUCAAUCCGGAGAGCAGUGGACACGCCCAUUUUACAGCAAGGCACAUUUCUCCAGCAGACCGCAGCGCCUGUCAGACCUGCCCGCCUUAAGUUGUAUGUUCCAGAGUUUGCCUCCUCUCUGUCCGUCUCUGUGGCUGACUGUUCGUCAGCGGAGGGAGCCGACAGUGGGAACUGUUCACUAGUCCUCAAGCUCGGCUCUACUUCUCUGCAGCACCGCCCAGUCGCGGUGAACUGCUCAGGGAUUGGCUGCUCUGCAACUCUUUCUCACCCACCUUGGGAUACCUGGUUACGAGUUGUUGUGGAGAGCAGCCUCGACAACCGUACUGUGACCUUUAGUAUCAUCUCAAACUACACAGUGGGGUGCAAGCCAAAAAGUGUCGGCCUUAAAGCAGACGGUGGCGUCAUUAAUCUCCGUGGCAACCGCAGCGAUUCCAACUCCACAUCAGCAGGCAACAGCUCCGUGAUGACAGACGCAGUCGCCUUGAGCAACGAGUCGGCGUCCCUGUUCACGCCGUUGUCGGCGUGUGUGUGGAGCAUCCCCGUGCUCUACGAGGAGGUCGAUGUUCUGUCACUUCGAUUCACUCCCGCCACCGGACCCAACGUGAGCGUUACAGAUGCUCACCCCACCCUGCUCACCUACCCCCUGUACACACAAGCCACUGGUGGUACACUCAACCUACAGCUCACACUCAACACUACUAAUGCAACCCUAAAAAACAGCAGCAGUGUGGUCGCCUGUCUCUCUCCGUGGGCUCCGGUCCUCGAACUCAACCACUCUCAACCCUGUCGCACAGCUUUGUUUGGAGGGUACAGUGUUCACGUGAAUGCCAGUGAUCCCAAAGCUGUGGUCCGGUUGCCUUUUCCUCAGUCAGCAACAUGGUACCUCACCCUGCAGCUUACAUGCAACAGCAGUGACUGUGGUAAUACAUCACUGGUGUCUGUGGUCCCAGAGGUGUUUAUCAGUGCCUGUGUUGAGGACUGUGGGACAUAUGGGGAAUGUAGACUCCUGAGAUCCUACAGCUACCUGUACGCUGCCUGCGUCUGCAAAGCUGGCCGGAGCGGUUGGGGCUGCACUGACAACUCAACAGCUCAGUCGUACCGUCGCCAGUUGACAGCAACUCUUCUUCUCACGCUCAGUAAUCUGUCUUUCCUGCCUGCCAUCGUGGUGGCCCUCAAACGCUGCUACAUCACUGAGGCCUCCGUCUACCUUUUCACAAUGUUCUUUUCCACGUUUUACCACGCAUGUGACCAGCCUGGUGUCGCAGUAAUGUGUAUAAUGGACUACGAUGCCCUACAAUAUUGUGACUUCCUGGGGUCAGUCUGUUCCAUCUGGGUCACCAUCCUGUGCAUGGCUCGCAUCAGAGAUGUAUUCAAAUAUACUCUGUUUAUGCUCGGGGUUCUGCUCAUAGCCAUGUCGAUGCAGCUGGACCGCAAAGGCCUGUGGAACCUGUUGGUUCCCGUCCUCUGCGCCAUACUGUGCAUGGUCACUGCCUGGGUGUACCGAGGAGUGCAGCGGCGUCAUUGUUACCCGCCUUCAUGGAAGCGCUGGGUCCUCUUCCUGAUCCCCGGGGCGCUCUGCGCCCUCAUUGGGGUAUGUUUGUACAUUUUCACUGAGACCGAGGACAACUACUACUACACACACUCGCUGUGGCACAUCCUGGUGGCCAGCUGCGUGGUGUUCCUGCUGCCCCCAAAGGAGAAGAACAGGGAGGUGCUGGGCUGGAGCAGAGGAUGGAGCUGGAGCCGGAGCCCCCGGGUUUGUGGGUACACUCUCUGUCAGAGCGACAAGGAGGAACUCUACACUGUCACAGGAGCGACUGGGCAUUGAUUGUUAAACGGCACUGCAAGCAUUCACAGAACAAAAUAAUUUAAGACUCUUAAAAUGUUCUUUACAUCUUGAAUAAAACAUUUAAAAUUCUAAUUUAGACCUAUAAUCUCAUAGGUCUACCAUUUUCAUGUUCACAUUUAUCGACGGAUUGAAACUCUUAUAUUUGAAUAAAAAAGAUCUGUAAAAGUCUUAAAUAAUGUUGCAAACAUCCUAAAAUACAGCACAUGAACAGAGGCCUCCUUCCUGGAUGAAGGUCUUAUUUAUUUGUUUGUUUGUUUCAACCUGAAGUUACCUCGCUCUUCCCAAAUCCCGCUUCCUAGUACAAAGCCCUGGUAUUUGUAAAUAUUGUGUUUGUACAUGUCGGCUGUGAAAUCAACGUAUGGAAUCAGACUUUGUGGAGCUACUUUAAAUCUUCAUAUUCACACUCAUGUUAUUGAGUCUGCUGAUAAAGUAUACACUAUUUAUAGUCUGUGUACACACUCCUCAUUCUUGGAUCUUGUAUUUUAUUUAUUAGAAAUAUUUGAAAACUAUUUGAUCCAUUUGAGAUGUGCUUCAUUAUUAACAGUCAUGUAGUUCAAACAACCUUUAAAGUAGUUUGGCUUUGUUUUGUCGACCAUAUUACGUUACAUACAGCUGAAGAAGUUCGCUUUUUAUCUUCAAAGUGUGAUUGCAGAACAUCUUGAGACAUUUCCUCCUCACAAUCCACGUCUUCAUGUCCUGUAGCCUCUCCAGUCGGCCGGAGGUUCUAUCCAUGCACAGAUUGACACGCAGCUGGUAUUGAAACUGAAUGAGUUGCUGACUCUCCGCUCUCUUAUCAUCUCAUGUUUAUUUUCCCACUUUAAAGUUGUAUCCGAUUUUUCUUUUUACCAAGACUGGUUCUGAAGCACUGUUAUGAUUUAAAAGCUAACUCCACUAUGUGAUGUACGCAGCCCAUAUGCAAAUGAGUGGUGACUAUGAAUGUAUAUUCAGAUGACUGUGUCCAGUGCCUCCUCUUGUCUAUGAAUGUGUGUGUUUUGUCUUUUCCACCUGUAUAGCUACUGAGCACUUUCCAUACUUUAUUUACUGGAAGACACAUUGAAUAUGUGUCGUCUUUUACUAUGUCUCCCAUGCUGCGAUGAUUUCCUCCUUAUGAUUUUUGCACAGUUUCAAAUUGAAUGUUUCUGUCACACUUGCAUAGCCUUUCUUUUUCGUUGUGACAUUUAAUUAAGAGCAUGAAACAUACUGUAGCUCUUAUGUGUGUCAGGAUGAAGAAAUGUGAUGUUCAAUGUAAAACAUGAUUCUACUUUCCAAACCAUUUACAAAUCCAAAUGGCAUUUAUCCCACCAAAAAUAAAUCUGUGGUAUAAAGAGA